UUCGGCUCGUGUUCAGCAUCAUCGUGUAACGAAUUAAAGCAACGUAACACCCAAACCCGGAGAGACUCCAGUAUGUAACCCGCACGGCUGACUGGGUUCACUGUGAACCAGUAAGGAGGCUGCUGGGAGAACUGGGACAGCGGACCGCAUCAAACUGGACUCUCAGACUCUCGUUCACCAUGUGGGAGAAAAUGUUUCUGCUGCUGCUUCACACUGUGGAAGCUGUAGUGGCGUCUCAGUGCUGGCAGGGGGCGACCUUUUCUGAGGCGGUGGUGUCUCCGGCGGUGGAGAGCAGCGGUAUCCUGCGGGUCCCGGGCGUGGCGUCGCUGCCGCAGUGCGUGGCGGCAUGCUGCGACCUGCCGGGUUACGACCUGGCCUGGCUGUUCGAGGGCCGCUGCUACAUACUGACCUGCCAGCAGAGGGAGAACUGCCAGCCCCGAGAGAGACCUGGCGCCGACUCCGUCCUCGCCUUCCUGCGACGGACGUCGCCACAGACGCUGGUGCUGCAGUCUCUGGUGCGAGGCGAGCCGUACGGCGGCCGCUGGGGGCCCCUCUCCCGGUCCUCCGAGGCCCCCGGGGACCUGGAGGCCCUCAAGGACAUCGCCCUCUUUGACGGGCCCCAGCAGGACUUCUCAGACCCCGGUAUGCUGGAUGUGGAGUACUCAGAGGAAAACCUGGAGGAGCGCGGCGGCGGCGGCGGCGGUAGAAGAGGAGGAGCAGAGGCCGAGAUGAUGACCGAUCAGCCGUCCCUGAAGGGAGGAGACAAGUUCAACCAAUCAGAGGCAGAGGGAGGCUCAGAGAGGGGGCCGACGGAGAGCAGCGUGGCCCAGAAUAGAGCCUCCUCUGAGGGGAAUCUCAGCCGGGGAGACGAGGACAGAACCAGGAGACCAACUGAUGCAGCUGCUGCAGAGAAAACGACCGAAUCACAGAGCAGCACUGAUUCUACAUCAUCACCGUCGCUACGGAAACCAACAACUUCUUCCACACAAGACAACCAUAUAAGGACUUCACCCUCCACCGCUGCCACGCCCCACUGGACCAGCAACACGCCCACACAGACAGAUCAACCCCUGAUUGUGUCCUUGGGAAACCCCGUAGACCGGACGCUGCCCACAGUUAAACCUGACGCUUCACUUCCCUCUGAACCCACGACUGAUGCAGUAAAGUUGUUCCAGUCAGCAGUCAGAGCUCCACCUGCUACCCAACCUCUGACCUGGACUGUGACCUCUGACCCCGCCACCACCCCUCCUCCCAACACCAACUCCCCAACAACAACCACAGCUACGCCCUCCGCUACGACCGCCGCCGAGUCUGUAUCAGAGGUCGGUGGGUCAAACCGUGGUCCGGUGGCUGUUGUGGGUCCUGACAGGAAGUUGUUUCUCCCAGUGAGCAGCUUGUUACUGGAUGGCAGCGGCAGCACUGACGACCGCGCCGUCAUCAGCUACCACUGGGACGCCAUCAGCGGUCCUCCGGGAUUAAAACUGGAGGGCGGGGACCAGGCGGUUGCCACGGCGACAGGCCUUCGGGUGGGUCGCUACACCUUCAGAUUGACUGUCAGUGACCAGGAGGGGGCGACAGACAGCGCCUCACUGACUGUCCGGAUCCAGGAGGCCAGAAGUCUUCCUCCCGUCGCUCACGCCAGCGGCAGCCACACUCUCACUCUGCCCAACAACUCUCUGGUCCUCCGAGGCUCCAUGACCGACGGAGACCAGACGGAGGUUCACUACCUGUGGGUGCGAGACAACCAGAGUCCUGCUGCUGGGGAUGUGCUGUACGACUCGGACACUCAGGCUUCUCUCUACCUGUCCAACCUGGUCGAAGGCACCUACCUAUUCCAGCUGAGGGUGACCGACGCUCAGGGACGCUCCAGCACCGCCACGGCCACCGUAGAGGUCCGACCAGAGCCCGGCGGGGGGGAGGAGGUGGAGCUGGAGAUGCUGGUGUCGGUGUCUCAGGUCAGCGUGGCUCAGAGGGACACGGUGAUCCGACAGCUCGCCGCUCUGCUGCAUGUCCUCGACAGCGACAUCCAGGUCCGAGCGCUGCAGGGACACUCCCACCUCAGCACGGUGCUGCGGUUCUCGGUGCGGGGCCCCUCGGGGCCGCUCUCUGGCUCCAAACUGGUGGGUCUGCUGAGGAACCAGCUGCUCAGAGAGAAGAGCGACUACCUGCUGUUCAGAGUGCUGAGGGUUGACACCGUCUUGUGUUUGCUCCGCUGUUCGGGGCGUGGCCAGUGUGAUCCAAUCACAAAGGAGUGUACCUGCGACCCCUUCUGGACGGAGAACCUGAUUCGUCGUUAUCUUGGCGACGGGGAGAGUAACUGUGAGUGGAGAGUCCUGUACGUCAUCCUGACCAGCUUCAUGCUCAUGGUCUUCAUCCUGUCAGUCAGCUGGACCUUCAUCUGCUGCUGCAAGAGGAGGCGACAGACCAAAGUGAGGAAGAAAACCAAAUACACCAUCCUGGACAACAUGGACGAACAGGAGAGGGUGGAGCUCAGACCCAAAUUCAGUAUCAAACACCGCAGCACGGAGCACAACUCCAGCCUGAUGAUGUCGGAGUCGGAGCUGGACAGCGAUCAGGACACCAUCUUCAGCCGGGACCGACCCGUCCGCAGCAGGAACCGGCUCAGCGCCCAGGCCGCCCGCAAUGGAAACGCCUUCGGAUGACGAGACGUCCUGGUGACAUAGACAGGACUCUUCUGGGGUGUUGAGGCUUUGCUUUCAGGCAGCAAGACAUUUAACUUCUUAAAGAUCGAAGGACUUCAUUACCCAGAAAUCCUGUGUUGUGAGGUCAGUAAAAUCAAGUAGUGUCCCAUUUCAGGAAAAAAAUCCUUCGAAGAACGUGAGGACUUAAGGCCAGGAGGACGAACAUGUGACUCCUUACACAGGAUGCAGGGGUUGGAGAAUCCAAAUUCGGGUAAAAGAACACGAUAUUUGGAGGACGCUUUGGAAUACAACGACCUCUGCAACCUGUGUUCACGUAUUCGGUCUUGAAAUGUGGACUUAAGGAAGGAUUAAACUGAAAGACUGACAUUGAAGUCACAUGAGAAGAUGAUUAUCAGCUUCAUCUUCUUUGCAUCCAGUACAGAGAAAGGUCUUGGACGUGUUACGCCAUGAUUAGCAUAAACGCUGGAAGCAGGGGGAAACUGCUAGCCUAGCAUUUGCAAAACAGAAAAAUCCACCUUCAACAACUUCAAAGUUAUGUGAUUCACAUGUUCUACCUUGUUAGUCACCACUCCAUCCAGGAGUCAGCAGGGUUUUGUUGACAAGAGCAAGAGGUCAACUUAAAAGGGAACUCAAAGCUAAUCAGCCCUAAAUUAGUGUUU